UCAUUUACAAUUUGUAAUUUUUGUAUUUCAAAAUGGCCGGGGACCUUGACAAUGCGAACCCCGUCGUUUAUCAAAGCGCCAAGGACAGAGAUAUUCUGCCCGAAAAUGAAGACGAGAAUGUAGUAGAUGAAAUAGACACCAGAGAGGUGUUUGAUCUUAUUCGCAUUAUUAAUGACCCUGAACAUCCGCUGUCUCUAGAAGAGCUGAAGGUCGUGGAGGAGUCAAGAGUUCAAGUGAGUGACCGGGACAACUCGGUCAAGAUUGAGUUCACCCCGACCAUCCCCCACUGCAGCAUGGCUACACUCAUCGGGCUGUCCAUCCGGGUCAAGCUCAUCAGGUCACUGCCAGCAAGGUUUAAGGUUGACGUGAGCAUUACACCGGGAACACAUGCAUCAGAGGAGGCAGUGAACAAGCAGCUGGCGGACAAGGAGAGAGUUGCAGCGGCCCUGGAGAACUCUCACUUGCUGGAGGUGGUCAACCAGUGUCUGGCGACACGGAGAUAAGCACGGACAGGAACUGUCUCGUUGUUAUCUUGCUCCAAUUCCAUAUCUCUUGCAUGAACAUGCCAAACCCUCCACUUUCUAAUCAGCCAGUCAGUAGAGGAGCCUUCAAAGCUGCAAACCUGAUUUCUGUAUCUCAAAAACGAACAUAAAUGGGUAGUUCUGAAUGCAAACUAAUGAAGGUGGCAUUAAUGUAUUGUGAGUAUUUGAUACACUAUGACAUCUACA